AUGGAUCAGCUAGAGGCAAUGCCUUCCCUGAAGGGUAGUGAUGUGCAGGGCUUGGAGAGAUUUGCAGAUCUUGUCCGGAUAACCGUUGUUAAGUUGCAGGCAGAGGGUCGGGAUGGAGAGUUGGGGGAAGGUACGUUGCAUGGCUUGUUGGUCAAAAAGCUUGCAGAAAGACCGGUUGAAAGCUAUAUAGUCGUUAGCUUAGGGAACAUAACAAGGAGAGGUCAGUGUUAAGCUUGAAGGAUUGGUUGAAGGAAGAGGUUAAGGUGAGAGUCUAGUGGAAGCUGUGGAAAUGGCAUUGUUUUGUCGUUGAAAAGGAAUGAGGCUGUUGGGGGAAAGUCUAGAUAUGGUGAUACAGGUCGGUCCCGUACACUAUUUGCUGGUCGUGGUGGAGUUGGUGGUAAGGAUGUGAAGCCACCUUGUGCAGUGUGUGAGGGGAACCAUGGUAUAUGGUCUUGCCAAAGGUUUCAGGAUAUGAAGGUUCAAGAUAGAUGGAACAUCGCUAAAGUCAAGCACUUGUGCUUUCGCUGUCUUGAGAGUGACCGCCAGGGGAAGGCAUGCCUUAGCCAGUCCAAAGCCUGUAAGACUGAUGGUUGUACAAAGAAUCUCCAUGCCCUGCUGUAUGAUUCUGCCCCACCAGUUAAACGCCCAGAGGACAAGAAUCCGGUUGUUCUAUGGGAGGGGUAAACUGAUUUCCGCACACAUACCACAACGCAUGACACCCCAUCCACUGAAGCACUCUCACUACGAACAAUUCCGAUAUGGUUGAAAGCGAACAAUCGAAAGGAGUGAAAGUUAAUGCGCUACUCGACGAUGCGUCAAACGAGACGUUCUUUAAUUUAACGCUGAAGUUUCAGGAGUGUUGGACAUUCAAGAACCAUUGCAAACAGUCAAAGUACGCGUGCUGA